UCACCCCUGUAGUGAGAGGACAGAGAGGACCCGGAAGGCCCUUUGCAUUGGGACUGCUAGUUUUCUGUGGGUCACACGCAAGGUCUCUCAUGGAGGGUGUCACGAUGGUCCUCCUCCUUAUCUGGACUCUGAUAUCUCCCAGCAGCAACGGCAAAGCCUGGCCCCCACACACGGUCUGCCGGGAUGGAAACCUGGAAGUGUUCUACCAGAGUUGUGAUCCACUACAAGAUUUUGGCUUUUCUGUUGACCAGUGUUCUAAACACAUGAAGUCAAAUCUCAACAUUAGGCUUGGAAUCGUUCUGAGAGAGGACAUCAAAGAGCUGUUUCUUGACAUAGCUCUCUUCACUAAAGGAUCGUCCAUUUUGAAUUUCUCCUAUCCCAUCUGUGAAGAGGACCUACCGAAGUUUUCCUUCUGCGGGAGAAGGAAAGGGGAGCAGAUUUAUUAUGCUGGCCCCAUCAAUAAUCCUGGAUUUGAAAUUCUCGAGAAUUUUGGAGAUUGGGAAGCCCAAGAUCAAGGUGCUGGAAGAUUCAGUGUGUGAUGAGAUGCUGUUUCCCGGUUUAUAGGAGCUGUGUUCUUGAACAUGGAGGAAGUGCAAGGCAGCUCUCUGGGACUUUUUUCUUAAGGGCACUAAGCCUAUUCAUGAGGGCUAGACCCUCAUCACCUAAUCUCCUCCCAAAGGCCCCACCUCCAGAUACCAUCUCCUUGGGAGUUAGGAUUUCAACAUGUGACUUAGGAAGGACACAAACCAUUUGUCAAUAAGAGGUAAGAAGGAGCUAAAGCCCCUUUCCCUAAUUUACUUCUCCUGUCCCUCCUACGUGAUUGAGGCAGUCUUCCAGCCCUGCCCUUGCCCAUAAGCCCACAUUCCUUUUCAAGUAUUCAGAUGAUUCCUUGGCAUCUAGAUUUCUUUCUUCUAAGUGCAGCUAGUUUUAUCAGACCUGGGAUGGGGCAUGUCCACUGAGCCUCGUCCUGGAACCAUGAACUCCAAAGAGGAUUGAAGAGAAAUAUCCAGGUCCAAAUUUCCCCCAAACAAAAACAUUCUUUUUUUUUUUUUUUUUUUUUUACAUUUAUUUACUUUUGAGAGACAGAGAGAGACA